GCGCAGUGCUCCCCGGCGCGGUGUCUGUGGGGCUGCAUGGGAAUAUGGCCGCGCUGCUGCUGGUGUUUCCCCCGCUGCCGCGCCUUCGCGGUCUCCUUCAGCGCUGCUGGGGCCGGCUGGAGCGCGGCCUCUUUCCGGGCUUCUCGGGGAACCAGAGCCCGCCCUGGGGACCAGCAUUAGCUGUUCAAGCUCCAGCUUUUUUUCCAGAGCCAGUAAGCGACACUCAAGAAAGUGCUGAGGCCCCCAGCCUCUUAGACAGCAUCUUCUGGAUGGCAGCGCCAAAGAAAAGGCGAACCAUUGAAGUCAACCGCUGCAGGCGGAGACAUCCCAAUAAGCUCAUCAAAGUAAAGAGGAACAUAGAUAUUUGCCCUGAGUGUGGAAACUUGAAACAGAAGCAUGUCCUUUGUGGCUAUUGUUAUGCAAAGGUCAAAGCAGAAACUCGACUGAUACGGCAGGAAAUGCGUAAAAAGGAGGGAGGACCAUUUAAUGCUCCGACUGUAGAGACUGUCGUCCUUUAUGAUGGAGAAAAACCCACAGAGAAAGACCAAGGCAAGAGAAUCAUUGAAAGAGCCAGGAAGCGUCCCUCUUGGUUUGUUCAAAAUUGAUACUAUAGAACUAAUGCUAACAAAACCAGUUGCUACAGCAAGAAAGAUGGUGUUUUUCAGCAAUGUCUUCCUUGCUUUGUUCACUCAAUGUUGAUGGAGAAGACCCACAAACUGUUGGGAAUCCUGCUGGAAUCUCGUGUGGUGCCAGAUGGUGUUGCAGUCAGGUGUCAUUUCUGCAGCAUGCAGUGGGAAAUACUGCUUGGUGAUACAUAAUAGCAUUCAACAAUUAAAGAGAAAUCAGCAUCUGCCUUGGGUUUGCACAGCUGCACCCAUUACACUGAAUGAUUUGUGUGUUAAUGCUCUCUACUGGUUUUGCAGGUAACUUCUUUUUUUAACAAAGAGAAAACAUCCACAGAUUUGAAAUAAAGUGUGUUAAAUUUCCUGGGGAAAUCUGCCUUUGUGGUUUUGGCUGCUGCUCUUAUCAAAAAUACAACUCAAAAAAACCCUCCUACUCUCAAACCCAAUGCUGAUUAGAGACAGAGGAUACUUACAUGGAAAGGUACAGUUGUCUAGUUAUUUCUGGGGCUUUUCACAGAAUCUGUCUGUAUAUCUCCACAGUGCUGCUGUUUGAGCUG